UGCUCACUCACGGAAGAAAUGGGACGAUGGCGCAAUGCAGCGUGGGGUUUGGCGGUGGUGGCCGUGGUGAUCUUUAGCGCCAUGAGCACCAAUAUGAAGACAGAACAACAGCAAAAUCGAGUGCAGAAAGUAAUGGACCGCGUUCGCGCCAUGCAGAAGGAGAUUCAAUUGCUGCCUUUGAACAUGACAAUCGUGGACGAGCUGCGGGCCAAGCAGGUGACGUGGCGCAACAACUGGACGGCCCUACUCCUGCUUGAAGAGGCGCAUCAACAGCAAAUCUCAUCGCACUGGAAACACAUGAAAGAGUCCAUGCUCGCGAAUGCUGCGGCGAAGCAAGACGACGUCAACGUGUUGCGGGAGAGAGAACGUGAGUUGAUGGAGCACUUACGUCAGUGGAAGACAGUACAACACGAGAUCAACGCGACGUCGAUGAAAAUCUUGUCCAUAAAGGCGGAGAUUGCUCGUCGACAAGAGGAGAAGGCAGCGUUACGGAAGGAUGCAAUCGCUAAGGGCCUAGCAUCUCUUCAACGACAAGCGGACCAGGACGAGGCGCGCCGUAUUUUGAACGACGAAGCGAUUGCAGCUCGAGACGCUGCAUGGUUUCGACGUCGAGUGCUGACGUCGACGGCGGUUGCAGGGGGCAUCCUUGCGUUCGGGACGGUGGUCGUCACGUUCCGUGCACGUUGGUCGCACCACGAAUCGUCCCGUCGGCCGUCGAAACUCGAGUGAAACCACAGGGCGAAAUGAGCCAGAUGUGGUCGAAUAAAUUAGGAAAACAGGGGUCACAAAUCGAUGUGAGAGGUGGGGCGACCGAUGACGUAGAGGAGAUCUUUUGCGUGGAGCUUCAUCUCGGUCUUUGGGUUCGUGUGC